AAAUUUGCAGAACAUUCUAGUUACAAGUAGGCCUACUUGUGGGCAAAAUUUCAGGUCGAAAUAUCGUGAUUAGUGUUUUUGGUAGAUACCAUGCAACAGGCUAAAAUUCCAGUAUAAUGACUGUAACUCUGGAGGAAGGCCAAUCAGCACAUAGCGUUUUGGGGUUUUUUAUACCUCACCGGGGUCUAUCUAAUACACAUGCUCCGAACUUGAAAGCGGCUGGACAGUACAAACCGUUUCAUUAUUAGAAUUAUAAAUGUUUAACAUGGUAAAGAGCCCGAAUUUCAUAAAAUAUUAAUUUUUUCAGUAUUUUCGAAAAUAUGUGAUUCAAACCAAAAACGUUUUUGAGGAAAACAUAGCCGAUCGUUGGAAAUUUAUCAUCAAUUAUCUGAAAUAAAAAUAAACAUAAACUUUCAUUUUUUGACUAAAUUCCACUGACAUGGCUCACUGUGAAUAUCGUGGAUCUUUCAGAAAAUCGGAUACCAUACCGCAUCCACGAUAGGCGAUCCAGUCGAUCACAAAUUGAAUAACAAUUAAUAAAACAAAAAGUAAGCUCUCAUUUAUUUGCUGUAAAAAUUGUUACUAAUACCACGAAUGAUACUCAAAUUGUAGACAAUUUAUGAUGAUAAUUCUUAUUUGAUUACUAAUUUUUUUAUUAUUAUUAUUAUUAUAAAUGUAAAUUAAGCAUUAACAUUUUUAGUAAUUUUUCAUUAGGAGAACGUAGUGAACGUACAAUACCAACACUACCAUCACAAUCGAAUGAGGAAACAAUAGCUCAUCGUCGACAUAAACGUCGACACAAACGUAACGAACAACAGCAAGAUCAAGAACAACAAGAUCAAAAUCAUUUAACUAAUAAUAACCAACAACAUCACGAUACUUUUGAUGAACAAAACGAUUUUUUACUUCAACAUAAUUUAUGUACAGGAAAUCCGGAUUCGGAUAGUGAAAGACAAUCACAACAUAUUUCACUUUUUAAUGAUAAUGAACAAUUAUGCACGGUGACACCUGAACCGUUCGUUAGUCCACAAUUUCAUGGAUUAUUUGAAUUAAUAACUGAAAAUUUAGAUCAAUUUGUUCGUCAACCGGCACCAAAUGGUCUUGGUGAUAUACAUUGUCAAAUUAAACGUGAUAAACAUGGAGUUGAAAAAGGUUUAUCUCCAACGUAUUACAUGCAUGUUGAAAGAGACGGUGGAAGAAAAUUUUCUAUCUUAGCCGGUCGAAAACGUUGGAAAAGUAGAACGUCGAAUUACUUAAUAUCAACAGAUGCUACAGAUUUAUCAAGAGAUGCUGAAACAUACAUAGGAAAAUUAAAAAGUAACAUGAUGGGUACACAGUUCACCAUUUACGAGCAGGUUGCCCAUUCAAAAUAUGAUAUGCCAAUUGAAAAACGACCACACGAACUGGGUGUUGUUUGUUAUGAAGCAAAUCCAUUCGGUCUUAAAGGACCACGUAAAAUGACCAUAUUAAUACCGGAUAUUAGUAAAGAUAUCGAAGUUAAUGCAAAUGUAGAACAAGAAAAUAUAUAUGAAAGAUGGAAAACUAACAAUAAGGAAAAUAUUUUAGAACUACAUAAUAAAUAUCCAAUUUGGAAUGAAGACACUCAAUCCUAUGUUCUCAAUUUCCACGGGCGUGUUACUCAAGCAUCAGUCAAAAAUUUUCAAAUUGUACAAAAUGAUAAUCAAGAUUAUGUUAUAAUGCAGUUUGGUCGUGUAUCUGAUGAUACAUUUACAUGUGAUUACAAAUAUCCAAUGUGUGCCAUUCAAGCAUUUGGUAUUGCUUUGAGUUCCUUGGAUGGAAAAUGGGCGUGUGAAUAG